UAGCGGGCACAGGCCAGGCAGUGUCAGUGUGUUUAGGCGGUUAACUUGGUUGUCCUUGAAACAUGAAGGUGGAAGAGCUUAGCGGGGUGGGGCCGGUGAAUGCGGUCAAACUCCGGCAGGCAGCACAAAUCACGACGCCGUCGGAGCUGCUCGACAGAUGUGCAACGAUCCGCGGAAGGCGGGACAUUAAGGAGAGGACUGGUAUCAAGAAGAAGGUGCUGCUCGAUUGGGUGAAAACCGCUGAUCUGUUCAGGAUCAAGGGCCUAGGCCCACACUUCUCGGAGCUCCUGAAACAGACCGGCGUGAGCACUGUGCGCGAGCUGCGAUACAGAGAGGGGAACGAGUUGCUGCAGAAAAUGAAGGCCCUGAAUGAGGAGAGGCGUGUCACAAGGAGGCAACCCACACUCGACCUGGUUAGGCACUGGAUCGAUCAAUCCAGGAGACUUGUGGAUGUUGUGGAAUUUCCCUCCAACUUCUGCAAGUGAUAUCAACAUUUGGAGCUGGAAAUGCAAACCCAGUUAACUUAUGAAUAGGAUCAUGCAUGGGAGUAGAGAGAGAGAGAGAGAGAGAGAGAGAGAGAGAGAGAGAGAGGAUAAUACGUCAGGAAAUGCCGAAGGCUUACAUAGAUGGUCAAAGAAGGAAAGAAUUGUGACGGAUGAAAGAGUGGGGUAGAAUUCUUGGAAACGUGAGCACAGGGGAGGGGGACAGGGCUGAUGAGUUUUCGACUCUCUCCCGGAUUAGGCAGGGUAGUUUUAAUCAAAUGAAUGAAUGGGUGCAUA